AUCUGUCAAUGAAGACGGAUCAUAGUUUAAAAUAAGGAUGUAAUUUAUUAAAAUCGCGAUGUAUAGUUUAUGUAUUGGCACUAACACAUACUGCCUACCAACCUUGGCGAAAGGAGCGGUCCGUUUUCUUUUAAAUGGAGAUUCUUGGAACACUUUUAUGCGAAACUGAGUUGACAAAACAGGAAGCGAAAACAAACCUCAAUCACAGUGUGAAUAAAAUACGUUAAACGAAAUCAUUAAACAUAUUCAACUCACAACUCUUUUCGUCCUGUAACGUAUGCAAGCUACCGCUGUUUAAAACCUCCAGUAUCCAAUAAAGUUUGAAUAGCAUUCUUUCAUUUCUUUGAUAUCUGAUCUUCAGCCCUGAGCUUCGGUGACAUUUGACAUGAUCCAAAGGAAAAAGAUUUACAUGAAGCUACUUUUUAUCAUAAGUAAUGCCUUUCCGAUUUACACAGCCAGAUGCAAAGAACGUUCUUUAGAAUGGAACGGCCACUGUUACGUCUUUCAUGCGGAAAGGAUGACACGUGACACGGCGUCAUCAGUCUGUCGGCGACAAGGAGGCUACUUGGCUGUUUUAAAUUCCAGACAGGAAGAAAACUUCAUAGCCCGGUACCUAUUUAAGAGCAAUGCCAUGUACUUUUAUGAGGCUGACUUUAUUCAAUAUAGACUCCAGGAGAAGAGUCUCGAGAAAGCGAAGGAAAAUCUACAGAAAGAAUUUUGCAAGCACCAUUUGCAGGGCAGCUUGAAUAAGAGUUCAAUAAAUGUGUUAACGAAGAAUAAGAUUCCUGUGGGUACUCCGGAAAGGGCAAUGCUAACAACUCCCUCCGAGUUUUCCAUUCGCCGGUCUCGUAUUCCUGGUGCCAAUCUGGGGGUGUGGUCUGAUAAUUUUGUACCCCAAAACACAGUUCUAGCCGAGUAUGAAGGGGAUAUAGAAGAACACACUAAAGAUUUCACAUACAGCUGGCAAGUGAAAUCAGAUCAGCAUAUCCAUUACAUAAAUGGUAAAAAUGAAAGUACGAGCAACUGGUUGAGAUACGUAAACUGCGCAAGAAAUGCAUUUGAGGAAAACACAGACACUUUCAAUUGUGGAUUAAAGAAAUUUUAUUACACGACUAAAGAUGUUUACCCUAACAGCGAAUUGUUGGUCUGGUAUGGGACUGCAUACGGAGAGUGGCUUGGUAUUAAGAAAAUUAAUCCUGAAAAUGAUUAUCCAGGCGGAUCGUGGAAUAUACGAAUAGGAAGUAUAUUUCAUGUACAUGAUAAAUGGUGGAAAAACAGCGACAACUCGAACGUAACCUACACUAACUGGGCACGUAAUACGAUAUCAAAAACACAUGACAGAACUAUACACUUAAUGCUGACACAUAGAAACGGAAAGUGGCAGUGGAUACCUGAACGAGACUACUCAUAUUAUCUAAAAGAAAAUAAUUUGAAGUUCCCUUUCAUUUGUGAAACUCCAGGUUGAAGUUUUUGUAGAGAGAAGUUAGAAUUGAAAGACAUGUAAAUAGUUUCUAAUAUGAUAUGUUUUUUUUUAUUGUAUACCUGUAUUUAUGUUCAUUAAAAUGAUUGCCUGUC